UAACGCCUACAACUACACAAAAAUAUUAAUCAACCUUUUUCAGCGUGACAAAAAAUUAUGCGGAAUUGGAGUGCGCAUGUCGAGUGGUGGUAGCUGUAUCCCUUCUAGUCAAAACCAUAUUUUGAUGUCCUACCCAGAUUGGUCUGCGCAGCGCCGCAAGAACUGUCCUCAUCAUUUUUUCUCCUUCUUUUUUAUUAUUGUUUUUUUUUCAACAUAUUUACUUAUAAAUAAUUUUCUAAAACUUUUUUAUUCUUUGUAUUUACCCUUGGCAAUAAAAAAGAAAAAGAACUGUCCUCAUGCAGUUUCUUUUCUUAUCGUUAGAGGGCAGUAAAGCGCGUCGGUCGUUUUUUAAUCAACGUUGCUAAACAAACCGAAGGAACGCACACUAAAAUAUGAUACAUUUAAGAUAAACGUGACUUUGAACUUUGAACGAUUUGGUCUCAGCCAGUUUAAAUGUUCUCCUAAUUAAUGUCAACAGUAUGUACAGGAAUAUGGAGAAUUUUAGCACAACUUUUGCUGUUGUGUCAGUUGUUACGGUGUUCUAUUUCUCUCAUUCGCUUUACUCUUCUCACGCAUUAUUUACAACAAGAAGCACAGUGUUCGACAGCAGACGAGCUCUGCCAGGAUCUGUUUACCUCAUGAUCAGAUUCAUUCAUCAAUCUCUGCGCAAAAAGCGAGGACACAUGAGACAAAACAAAGACCGCGAGCUUGUUUUCACUUUGAUCAAUUGUAGGUAUGACGUGAUGUCUCUGAGAAGGUUCUGCAGUGUUGGAGGUUACGGUUGGGAUUAUCCCGACAGUGUCUUCAGAGAUAUUCCCUUGUGUUACCCUGAGAUUCUCUUCAGAAGAUUGAUCACAAUGAUCGUGUGCUCGGAGAAGUUCAAACUCAGUCCAAGGGGUCUGUUGAGUGUGGGUGAAACAGUGCACGUGUCUGAUGCUGUGGAUGAGCUGAAGAGAGGAGCGUUCUCACUGCAGGCCCGAGUGAUGGAGUACAGGACUGUUCGUACAGGAGUGGAGCACACAUACACCUGAUGCUUAUUCUGACACGGAUAUCACACACGGUCUGGCCUCUCAGAGGUGUAUCCAGCUUACUGUCCCCCGGACCACCGGUGUGUGGUGUGCUC